UCGAGAGCAUUUAAAACACUGAAAAUUGUACCACAAAAAUUGCCACGAAGAACAGAACUCUCUUUAGUGCCGCAUCAAAAUUAAACAAUUGAAGCUGUUUUGUCAGCAAAUUAAGUCUUUAACAUAUUUGUUGCGAAAAGCGAUAAAACAAUGGGAUCAAGUCACAGCGUUCACGUACCCGGCGGCGGCACCGAAGGUUACCACGUACUCAAGGUGCAAGACAACUCACCCGGCCAAAAGGCUGGCUUGGAGGCGUUCUUUGACUUUAUUGUAGCCAUAGCAGGCACUCGUCUGGACCAGGACAACGAUAUGCUAAAGGAGCUGUUGCGUCAGAAUGUGGACAAGCCUGUUCGCAUCACUGUCUAUUCGAGCAAAACACAAACCGUUCGCGAGCUGACAUUGACGCCUAGCAACAACUGGGGUGGCCAAGGACUGUUGGGCGUUAGCAUACGUUUCUGCUCCUUCGAGGGUGCCAACGAGAGUGUGUGGCACAUUCUGGAGGUGCAUCCCAACUCACCGGCCGAACUGGCAGGUCUUCGUGCCUACAGCGAUUAUGUGAUCGGCGCUGAUGCCAUUCGCCAUGAGAACGACGAUCUUUUCACACUGAUCGAGACGCACGAACAGCAGCCGCUCAAAAUGUACGUCUACAACCUGGACGAUGAUGCUUGUAGAGAGGUUACCAUCAAGCCGAACACGGCUUGGGGCGGCGAAGGAGCUCUUGGUUGUGGCAUCGGCUAUGGCUACCUGCAUCGCAUACCUGUGCAGCCUGCACCUGCCCCGGCUCCUUCAACGGCACCUGCUGCCGCAGCUACACCCAGUGGCCAAUCGAAUCCUGUUACGCCGCCUGUGGUAGCUACCAAUAGUGCUGUUGUCGCACCAACGUUGCCUUAUAUACCGCCGCUGGCAAACACAUUUGGCUCGACCAACGCUGAGAUUCGGCCACCAACUGUUGAGCCACCGGCACAGAGCAUAUUCAAGACCUAUUUCAAUCCGGAUGAUGCAUCGGAUGCACUAAGCGCAGCACUUGAGAACCAGGCUACAAUUGCUGAGCCCCAGGUAGCCGCCCCUGCCGGCAACAUAGCACCGCCUACAGUUCCAGCUCCAGCUCCAGUUGCUGCUGCUGCUGCUGCUGCUGAGGCUCCAGCAAUACCACAACCAGUUGCACCACCAGCGAACAUCUAUAUACCCGGCGUCUUCGAUCCCAAUGUCCCACAACAGAGUACGAAUGUGAGUGUUGGCGGCAUACCGGCCGCCCAAUUGCCAUUCCCACAAGCAACUGCAGCUACGUUGCCACCACCAGCCGUGCCCAUGUUCUCGGUGGCCGGAUUGCCGCAGCAACAGCAGCAGCAGCAGAUCUACAUGACUGCACCGGCAGCUCUAUCGUAUCCAGCUGCUGGGGCCGCUGCCCAGACCGUGCCCACUUAUCCUCAAGUGCAGCCAUCCAUGGGCGGUCUGUUUCCUACUCAGCCAACACCGCUGCCGCCGCAGAUGGCGCAUGCAUUUGCGCAGCCGCAGCCACAGCCGGCGCCAGCAGCAGCAGCCAGCCCUGAACAAACACAGCUAGGAGCACCACCACAAGCAGCAGUAGCCGCACCACCACCUGCGAUGUCAAGUGCUUAGGUUCCACUCACCAGAUACUUGCGUUAACCACUUUGAACUUCUGUACGUUGUUGGCGACUGCAUAAAUUGUCGUUAAGUUUAAUAAUGUGAUUUGUUUUUAUGAUUCUAAUUGCGAUGAACCGAAAUCACAAGUGACAGCUGUCAAACAUUUCAGUGCAAAAUGCAUAAAUAUAAAGCGAUACAUUUACAUUUACAUUUAUUAU